GAUGGGCAAUUGUAAUGUUAUUGAUAAAAAAGAAGAAUUUUAAGAAGCAAGUAUUUUUAAUCUCUUUAAUUAGUGUAAUCAAUAAGAAAUUAUGAAAUCUUAGAUAUACUUGGUAAAGGUGGAUUUGGAAAAGUCUUCAAAGUAAGGCGAAAAAAAAAUAAUUAACUUUAUGCAAUGAAAAUAAUGUCAAAAGCAAAGUAAUUUUUGACAUAAUUUAGAAUCAUUGAGAAAAAAUGUGUAGCAUCAGUAUUAAUUGAAAAGAAUUUGUUAUAGUAAUUGCAUCAUCCUUUUAUUGUGAAUAUGCAUUCCGCAUUUUAAGAUAGAGAAAAUUUAUAUUUAGUCCUUGACCUCCUAAACGGAGGUGAUUUGAGAUAUCAUCUUUUUAAAAAUAAAAGGUUUUCAGAAGAAGAAGCAUGUAAAAUUUAUUGUUAUGCAUUCAGAGUUUUUUGCUGCUUGUAUAGUUGUGAGUCUAGAAUAUCUCCAUUAAAAUGGGAUUAUUCAUAGGGAUCUCAAGCCUGAAAACUUGGUUUUUGAUGAAUAGGGAUAUCUUCGGUUAACAGAUCUGGGAAUUGCGAGAGUUUGGAGGCCAGAUAAUGCUUCAGACACAAGUGGAACUCCAGGAUAUAUGGCACCCGAAGUGAUGUGCAAACAAAGACAUGGUAUUGCGGUUGACUUUUUCGCUUUGGGUGUAAUUCUUUAUGAAUGUAUGCUUGGAAAAAGGCCUUAUGUUGGGAAAACUAGACUAGAGAUUAGAGAAUAAAUCCUAUCCAAAUAAAUACAAAUCAAGAGAUCAUAAUUACCUGUUGCCUGGUCAAUUGAAGCUGGAGAUUUUAUAAAUUAAGUAUAUUUUUAAUAGCUCAUAUUAGCUCAUCCAAAGAAAACCUGAAAAUAGACUAGGAACAGACAAUCCUUCAGAUGUUAAGAACCAUCCAUGGUUUAGUUCUUUUGAUUGGGAAAUGCUGCUUAAAAAAAAGUACAACCCACCCUAUUAUCCAAAAAAGUUCAAAGGGUAUGAAGGAUCACUAGAGGAUACAAUGGAGGAUGAUAAUGACAAGAAAUUCAUAUUGCUCAGAAAUAAUACUCUUUGUGGUAUUAUUAUUCAUAUACUUAAGAAUAAUUCAACGUGUAUUGCUAUAAUCCUGAAGGUUGUAUCAAGAAGUGA